UCCCAAAAUCAUGUCAGUAGGUCUACUGAUAACUAAAUUUUCCCUACAGGUGACGGACUGAAUCUCAUCCACAGUGUCGUAUAAUUCUGGAUAGAGUUACAGAUUUUUAUACCUGUGAACCUUUCUAGCAGGUUUUUAAAAUAAUAAUGAUCUGUAUCUGCAUCCAUUCAGGACACAUUAUCUGUUCAUUCUGAAUGAUGUCCUCAUGUUCUGUUACAACCAUAAUGACCAUAUACAGUCCCCUCCACAAGUAUUGGAACAGCGAGGCCAAUUCUUUCGCUUUGUCUAUACACUGAAGACAUUUGGGUUGGAGAUAAAAGAUGAAUGAGACAAUAGAUCAGAAUUUCAUCUUUCAUUUCCUGCAUGAUGAGGUGCCAUGUUCUAAGUUAUUUAACACAUCUAGAUGUAAAUAAAGAGAAACAAUCUAGAAAACCUCAAAUUAAAACGGACACAUUUUUCUCCAGGUCCACAAUGUUGGUGAUGUUGUAUUUAGCAGUGUGUUUUCUAAAUGUUAAUGCCCUUACUACAAUUAUUUGACUAAAAUUAGGGCUAAAGUUUAGACUACAGUAUUAAAGUGAUGAAAGUUAUUGUCUUUAACAGCUACAGUUUUUAUUCCCAGUGUUCUACAGAAGUCAGGAGACAGAAGAGAAAAGAACAUCAUCACAGCUACAGGACACGACCCAGAACCUGCUGCUGUAAAUGACUUCCAGAAAAAGUUCAAAUUAAAUCUGGUGAAGAAGUUUCAGUGUUUAAAUGGAGUGAUGAUAAACCCGGAAAACCGAACACUCCUGAAUGAGAUCUACACAGAGCUCUACAUCACAGAGGGAGACAGUGGAGACGUCAAUAAAGAACAUGAAGUGAGACAGAUCGAGGCAGCAUCCAGGAGAACAACAACAGAGGAAACACCAAUCAAAUGCAAUGACAUCUUUAAGCCCUUAUCUAAAAAAAACAAACCCAUCAGAACUGUGCUGACAAAGGGAGUCGCUGGCAUCGGAAAAACAGUUUCUGUGCAGAAGUUCAUUCUGGACUGGGCUGAAGGGGAAGUAAAUCAGGACGUCCAGCUCAUGGUUCCACUUCCUUUCAGAGAGCUGAAUUUGAUGAAGGACCAGAAACUGAGUCUGAUUGAUCUCCUUCAUGUCUGUUUUAAGGAGACAAAAGAAACAGAAAUGUCCAAUUUGGAAAAGGUUCCGUUCAUUUUUGACGGAUUGGACGAGUAUCGUUUUCCUCUGGAUUUCCAGAACACAGAGAGAGUGUGUGAUGUAACUGAAUCAGCAUCAGUGCAUGUGCUGCUGAUAAACCUGAUCAAAGGGAAUCUGCUUCCCUCUGCUCUCAUCUGGAUCACCUCCCGACCAGCAGCAGCUGAUCAAAUCCCCUCUGAGUGUGUCCAUCGAGUCACAGAGGUACGAGGGUUCAAUGACCUACAGAAGGAGGAGUACUUCAGGAAGAGGAUCAGUGAUCAGAGCCUGGCCAAUAACAUCAUCACACACCUGAAGUCAUUAAGAAGCCUCUACAUCAUGUGCCACAUCCCAGUCUUCUGCUGGAUUUCAGCCACUGUUCUAGAGAGAAUGUUGGAUGAAGCAGAGAGUGGAGAGAUGCCCAAGACUCUGACUCAAAUGUACACACACUUCCUCAUCAUUCAGACAAACAUCAUAAGAGAAAAGUACUCAAAGAAGCAGGAGAGUGAUGAAGAAAUGCUUCUCAAACUGGGACGACUGGCUUUUCAGCAGCUGAUGAAAGGCAACCUGAUCUUCUAUGAGGAAGACCUGAGAGAGUGUGGCAUUGAUGUGAGAGAAGCAGCAGUGUACUCAGGUGUGUGUACUCAGAUCUUCAGAGAAGAGUUUGGGCUGCACCAGAGUAAAGUGUACUGCUUUGUUCAUCUGAGCAUUCAGGAGCAUCUCGCAGCUCUUUAUGUGCACCUGACAUUCAUGAAGGAAAAGCGAAAUGUUCUUGAACAGAGUCGGUUUUCUGAACCAGAGAUUUUAUCUGACGAAGAUGAUGAAUCGGAGAUGUCCUCUGACCAGUGGGUUGAAGAAAUUACAGUCUCAGAUGUCCUCAAGAGUGCUGUAGAUCAGGCCUUAUACAGUGAGACUGGACAUCUGGAUCUUUUCCUCCGCUUUCUUCUGGGUCUCUCACUGGAGUCCAAUCAGAAACUCUUCCAUGCCUUAGUAACACAUACAGGAAGUAGCUCCCAGACAGGAAAGGGGGACACAGUACAGUACAUCAAGGAGAUGAUUAGUGGAGAUACCCCUACAGAGAAAUCCAUCAAUCUGUUCCACUGUCUGAAUGAACUGGGGGACAAUUCUCUAGUGGAGGAAAUCCAACGCUACCUGAUAUCUGGAAAACAAAGUGAACUCUCUUCUUCACAGUGGUCUGCUCUGGUGUUUGUCUUACUGACAUCAGCAGAGGAGCUGGAGGAAUUUGACCAGAGUAAAUAUAUCUCUACAGAUAAAAUUACAGAUUGGAUUCUUGUGAAGGUGAUGCCUGUGAUUGCAGCAUCCAGAAAAGCAAUUAUCAGGUGUGAUACAAUUCAAAAAAGUGGUUGGUCAGCUCUGGACUCAGUGCUCAGCUCAGAAACCUCCAAUCUGAGAGAACUGCAUCUGACUGUGGAUACACUGGAUCUGAAUUGGAGUAAUCUAGGAGCCUCAGGUGUGAAGCGUGUCUCUGCUCUACUGGAGAAUCCUCAGUUUAAAGUAAAAAAUCUGAGGUAAGAUCAUCUCUCUGAGAGACACAGUACACACUAAAAGCUGCAGUUAAUAGUUGUGUACAGAUCUGUUUUUUCAGUUAAAUCAGUACAACAUACAGAACAAAUAUAUUAGUCAUUAAACAUAUCACUUGUGCAGUAAAGUAAUAAUUAAAUGCACUUAGAUAUGUGUAUAAAAUAC